GGCGCUGCGGGGCGGCGGCGGGCGCGGGGCCGCGGGGCCGCCAUGGGUGACGCGUUCGGCGGGGCGGAGUCGGGCACGCAGCUGCUUGCACGACUUGAGGGCAGAAGUUCUUUGAAGAAUCUCGAACCUUGUCUGUUUGCUGAGGAAGGAUCUCCUGUUCAUGGAGAUGUUAUUGAAUUCCAUGGCUCAGAAGGGACAGGAAAAACAGAAAUGCUUUAUCACCUAAUAGCCCGCUGCAUCAUUCCCAAAGCAGAAGGAGGACUGGAAGUAGAAGUCAUGUUUGUUGACACCGAUUACCAUUUCGAUAUGCUCCGGCUGGUCACCAUUCUUGAGAACAGACUGGCACAAGGGACAGAAGAAAUGAUAAAGCAGUGCCUGGGAAGGCUCUUCCUUGUGAGCUGCAGUAGUAGCACUCAGUUACUCCUCACUCUCUACUCUCUAGAAAACCUCUUUUGCGCUCACCCCUCGCUCUGUGUUUUGCUUUUAGACAGUUUAUCAGCUUUCUAUUGGAUAGACAGAAGCAAUGGAGGGGAGAGUCUUACCUUGCAGGAGAUGAACCUGAAGAAAUGUGCUAACUUCCUUGAAAAGCUUGUGACACAGCACCACUUGAUCCUCUUUGCAACAACACAGACACUAAUGCAGAAAUCUGCAAACUCUGCAGAAAACUUUUUACCUUUAAAACUUCCACAUGAAACCGAUACAGACUACAGACCGUAUCUCUGUAAAUCAUGGCAGCAAAUGGUAACACACAGGAUGUUUUUCUCUAAGCAGUGUAAUUCUGCCAACAGCAGAGGUUUUACUGUAGUUUCUUGCCACCUCAAAAGAAACCAGAUAGUAAAACGUUCAUUUAGUGUUGCAGAAUGUGGAGUUCAGUUUUAACAUCAGUUUAUUUAGUAAACAUUUAUCAAAUCCUGGUGCUUAAGGCCUGAUUAGGUCUAAGUACCUUCUAGUAACUUUUCAACUAGCUGGUUGUUGCUGGGUGAUUAAUAAUUGUCACCAUUUUCUUGAAAUUCAGUGAAGGGCAGGGAAUGGUAAAUUUUUUUAAUUACUUCAGGAAUUCCAUCCAAAUUGUAGAGGACUGUUGACAUUACUUGUUUGUGCUUAAUCAAGAAAAUGGUAACCAAAGACACUUAAAGUCCUGGUAUCCUUCAGCAGUCUAGCCUAUGUGGCCAAAUGGCUGUUGGAAUUUCUGGGUCUUGCUGCUUUACACUCCUCCUCUUCCAAGCUGCAGAAGUAGGAGCCUACUUGUCUGUGGCAGAGGUUGCAAAGAGGCCAGAGUUCACACUUUAUAAACAUUGGCCCUGGUUUAUUCCCUGUAGCUUUGGGCAUAAGAAAUGCCGAUUUUGCCUGAAGAAGAGGAUUCAUUUUCACAGCCUGUUAAAUAGUGGUGAUCCUGACUGUGCUGCUUCUCCUGGCUCUCAGCCUCUCCAUUUACAUUAGCGGCUGCUCAGAGGAGCAGGGAUUGCAGGUGUUCUGACCCUUACAAAUGUCUGGCAUUGAAAAACCUGGUUUACAUAACUGAAGGAAAAGUAAAGACCCAGCUCUGGAUACCUGUGAGCUUGUGCUGCAUGCAGCAAACAGUUUCAUUUUUGGAAAUGAUUAACUGCAAGUUAUGGGUUAUUUUGGGAGUGAAGGUUGUUUUUUUGUCAUUUUUCAUUUUUUAAAAUGAUGCACAGACUUUUUCUCUGCCCUUCUUCAUUAUUCCUUCCCACCUCUUUCCCUUCCCCACUCUAAGAAAUCCAGGAAUGCCACGCCUCUGGUCUUUACCAGUAUGUAUUUGCCACAUGUAGAACAUUUGUGUGCAGGAUUUGGCAUGUAACAUGUUGCAAUUCUGGCAAAGAAGAUUCAGAACUUAUGAGAAAUGCCCUACAGUUCUGGCAAAGAACACCACUUUAUUUAUGAACCUAGAGUGCCCUUUGAAAGCUUCAAAGUGCUUUACAAGAAAGAAAAUUGCACACAGUACAUUAUUUAACACAAAAACUUACAUUAGCUUACAAAUUCAAAUUACUCAAACAAGGGGGAAAUACUUCGCACAGCAAUGUUUGUUCAGUCAUGUUGCACAGCACGUUUUAUAGUUUAGAUUGAAGAGAUUAUUAACAAAAAUGCAUAUUAAGAAGAAGUAUCUAGCUCAGUAUCUUUUUGAGGAAGACGCCUAAAAAACUCUGUUGUGAGACACUUACCUUUGAAUUUCAUGACUUCUGAAGCAGCCUUUUCAAGCUGAAUGUAUGUCUGGAAUCCCAGCUUUGUAUAGUUCAGUUACCCUCUUGGGUUCCACUGUGUCUGUUCACAAUGAAUUCAAUUUAAUUAUUCUUUCUGUGGGAAAACUUCCUUUUUUCCCUUCUCAUUUUAAGCCUUCCAUCUGAUCACUUCUUCUUGCCAUCAGUUCUUUGACACACAAGCAAACUUUGCCUUUUCAACAUCUCCCCAGAGCUGAUGGUUUUAUAGAAUGUCACUUCAUUUGUGCUUUCUCAUCCAUCAGCACCAAUAUGUAUUUUAUUUCAAAACCUGCAUGAGUACACAAAUCCAUGAAAAAAUAUAUAGCAACCACUCAGCCUAGAGUGGACCCAAGUUAAAUAGUUUACCAUGAGUAGACACUUUCACUAUGAAUUAUGAUAAAGGGCAUUAUUGAAUUUCUUUGUAAAAAAUGAAUGGAAAAUUUCAAGUAGAACUAGAGAACUUUAAAACCUAAAAAUUCUAGUACUAUGUAACUUCUACUAGAAAAAAGUCAAAAACAAACAGCCCUCCUUUCCAUUGGAGAAUACAACUCCACUGAUGAUUAACUUCUUCAUAAAAUCAUAUUUGCUGAAGAAUAUGCUUGAGGGAAAAAAAAACAAAACAAAAAA